GGACACGCAAUUGCCACUAGUGUGCAACCUUGGAUUUUCUUGUUGUAGGUUUUCGCUGGAGUACCAGCUCGUUAAAAGCGUUUCGAGUCAGACAAUUUUCCAAUACAUUAUUGGCAUUACAUAAGCAUUUUUCAAAUAAAUCAAAAAUGCUUUUUUGGGUGUUUCUUCUUUUUGCAUUUCAUGGAAUAGCUUCAACAGCCCACGGCGGCUUGACUGGACUGCCAACAAUUUCCACGGAUUUAGAAACAGACUGCAGCCCGCAGCCACUGCCAGCACCGAAUGACCAGUUGUCAACUGCGGUCAUCUUUCCUUUCCGAACAGACUUGCUAACUGCUGCAGAAUGCGCCGCCUAUGGCCGCCACUGGAUGCACGACAUCACGUUCUGGGAACCAGACCAGUGCCAAGACCCUGGGACCGCGACGUCCAGCUUCAACCCACGCAGGAUAACAUAUGUUCCUGUACGCUUCAUCGCCGGCACCAAUGCCAUCAACGCCACCCGCUUGAUUAGCACAAUAAGUCCAACCCGCGCCGUUACCGUCACCGUCGAAUGUAAUGACCUUCUCCAGUCUGAAUUACUCAGCCCCGCAGAAGACGCUCUGCACACUGAUGUUUUCCAGCCCAUUCGGCGGCAAGUGGUGGAGCUGUCGCGCCGACACUGCAGCACGCCCGAUGCGACAUACAAAAUGUACAGCGUGGGUCUGCUGCCUAGCCUCAUCCGACUCGAAAUGCGCAACUGCUACAAUAUGACAAUUAAAAAGAGGGAUUUCGCCCUGAUGCCACAGUUGCGGGUGUUCGAAGCCAUAACUUCAUCGAUUGCGGAAAUCGAAGCGCACACCUUCACCGAUCUGGUUAAUCUGCGCAGUUUAAUGUUAGAGCGCGGCCUUUCUGAUCUACUGUGGUACGGCAAAACCGGGCCAGUGUCUCUUCGUACACUGCCCAGCAAGGCCGAUAUGGAACACAUGCGGCGACUGCACUGUGACUGCUUCUACGCGUGGCUCCGCAACUUCCUUAAAACGAAACCGUAUCUUCUGCAAGACAGAGGCGACGGCGAAGUGGCCAUUGUUGGGAAUUAUCGCACGACUGGAUUUGGUGUGAAGGGAGAAUUCCGUCCUUAUCUGAAUGUUGAUUGCUCUCUGCCGUUAAACUUUGCAAACCUUCCCAAUGUGCCUCCCGGCGUGGCUGCACCAUUUGCUUACAACAUGCAGUGCUAUAAUUUGACUUGCUAACUACAGCGUGUACGUAUGGCUAACAGUCCAAACUGUAAGCUGUUAUUUAACUUUUAAUAAGUAUCAUGGUACGAGUACAAACUAUGCACCACAACAAAACGGCGCUUA